AUGUCACUAACGUCGCCGUCUCGCUAUGCUUUCUUCAAGGGUGAAGAGAAGCCCCAAAAAGGCAAGACUGAAGGUGAGCCUGAAGGUAAGCCAAUUGAGGGAAAGUCCGAAGACAAACCCAAGGACAAGAAGCCCAAAGAAGACCAGCCCAAGGAACAAAAGCCCAAACACAAGCUUGAAGAUGGCAAGCCCAAGAAGCACAGUCCCAAAAAUGGUAAGCCCACGGUGGAACAGCCCAGGGAGUACAGACCACAGGGCAGGCCCUAUCAGCACCAGAUUAUAAGCGUUCCCAGGCCCGGAUGGCCCCCAUACCCCUACCUCAUGAGCUACCAGGAAAACUACUUCGACUGGCAGCUGCUCCAGUAUUACAACCAUGCCUUUGCGGCGAAUCCAGCCAAUCGUGCUGCAGACCUGCCUCAGUCGCUGGUGUUUCUGUACCGCCAAGCAGAGCCUUCGCCAGAUGGUUCAGUGGUUUCAGAGCCAUCAAGAGCACCCAAGCUACCUGUACGAGGGCGUCCAAGGAAAUCACCAAGUCCCCUGGAAGCCCCCAAAAAGCCGAACAAAAACGCUGUCUGCGGCGAGGGACCUCCAGGAACCAUAUGGCUCUACACCACCGGAGACCAGGUUCGCCGGAACCGGCCAGAGUAUGCGGGCAAUCUAGAUUUUGGCAUUUCCCAGCGGUACGCCGCCAGCAACCCGGCCGCCGAGGUGAGUAGCCAGACUUUGGCCACCGUUCAGCUGGAAUUUGCAGCCACCGAUGCGUACCGUGCAAGCCUGCGCCGGCGCCCGAAAAACGAGGCUAGUAGCGACGGCCUGGUGCGGAAAAAGCGCAAGCUCAAUGGCUGCGAAUGGAAGCCGGAGCUGUUGUAUAAAACAUACAGCGAGUGCAAGCCGGACUUUUUCGACGGAAGCGAUUACAACGACCAUGUGCCUGCGUCGCUGUGUUUUGGUAUGAUCAACAUGAGAGCUCCCAAGGCGUGGAGACGGGGACCUCGGAAGCAUUUGCAGCCGAGAAGCGGCACCAAGAGAGUUCGCGCUCGCGCCAGGCCCAAGACUCCGGAGCCUCUGCUGGAGUUUCUGCCGGAGCCACUGCCUCUGCCGCUGCCUGAAUAUUCUCCAGAGUAUCUGCCGCCACCGCCACAAUUGGAGCAGGUUGAGCCGGUCGGGACUUUGAAGGAUUCUGCUGAAAUGCCAGAAAAUGAAGAUUUGCCAAAAAAUGGAAGCAGCGCUCCGAAAUUCACCACCCAGGCGGAGUUUGAGGCCGAGCAGGCGAGUGCUCGCGCCAGGCUGCAGCAGGCCAGAAUCGAGGCCUACUGCCGGCAGUAG